AAAAAACAGAAAAAGAGAAAAAUACACAAAGUAACUUUGAGAACAUGGAUAUCGUCAAGCGGAGCUACCAUUAAAGUCUCACCCACACAAAGUUCCUUCAUCACUUUUCUAGACUUCAUAAUCCCCAAAACGCAAAUCAUCAAACGCUAAACGCGGAAAUAUAUAACGCAAAACUCUGUUUUCGUUUACCUAAUUCUCUGUGGACGCCCUCACCGUAAACCUUCACCAACCCAAAUUUAAUUCUUCUGUGUUUUUAUUCACAAAGUACAAAAAAACAGACAGAUAAUAAUAUCUCUUCUUCUCUUCUCUUCUCUUCUUCUUCUUCCUCCUCCUUCCUUCUUCUGUGAUUUAAUACUGAAGUAUAUUCAAACCCCACAAAAUAAGAUGAAGUACAUUCGAAGCAACAGCUUGAAACGUCUCUUCUCCUUUAAACGACGCAGUUUCGACUCAGACUCUGAAAACUCAGCUCCAAACGCCAAAUGCGUCGAGGGUUUUCAAGAAACAGAGCAGUUUCAAAGACCCAAGUGGAAAUGUUUCUCCUUUGAAGAAAUCUACGAGGCAACCAAUGGUUUCAGCUCAGAGAACUUGGUAGGAAGAGGCGGAUUUGCAGAGGUGUAUAAAGGGUUCUUAGUUAAAAGUGGCGAAGAAAUCGCUGUGAAGAGGAUAACGAGAGGAGGGAGAGAAGACGAGAGGAGAGAGAAAGAGUUUUUGAUGGAGAUUGGGACAAUAGGACAUGUCUCACAUCCUAAUGUCUUGUCUCUUCUUGGUUGUUGUAUUGAAAAUGGUCUCUAUCUUGUUUUCAUCUUCUCUUCUAGAGGCUCUGUUGCUUCUCUCCUUCAUGAUUUGAAUCAAGCACCAUUGGAGUGGGAGACAAGGUAUCAAAUUGCUAUUGGGACAGCAAAAGGGCUUCAUUAUUUACACAAAGGUUGUCAGAGAAGGAUCAUACAUAGAGACAUUAAAUCCUCCAAUGUUCUCUUAACCCACGAUUUUCAGCCACAGAUAUCUGAUUUUGGUUUGGCAAAAUGGCUGCCUUCUCAAUGGUCUCACCAUUCCAUUGCUCCAAUUGAAGGCACUUUUGGGCACUUAGCACCAGAGUACUACACACAUGGGAUUGUGGAUGAGAAGACUGAUGUUUUUGCUUUUGGAGUGUUCUUGCUUGAACUCAUUUCUGGUAAAAGACCUGUUGAUGCUUCCCACCAAAGCCUACAUAGCUGGGCAAAAACCAUAAUAAAAGAGGGCGAGAUCGAGAAGUUGGUGGAUCCAAGGAUCGAGGAGGACUUUGAUAUCAAACAGCUUCACCGCAUCGCUUUUGCUGCGUCUCUCUGUAUCAGAUCAUCGUCUCCAUGUCGGCCUUCCAUGAUCGAGGUAUUAGAAAUACUACAGGGAGAAGAAAUAGAGAAAGAAAAAUGGAAAAUGGAAGAGGAAGAAGAAAAGAAAGAAGAGUUUUGGGGAUAUGAAGAUCUUGAGGAUUGUGAAUAUGAUUCUUCAAUCUCACUUUCUCCUCCUGACUCGAUCUCUAAUCGAAGCUCUUCAAAUCGUAGUAGCUAGAUCAUCUAAAAUUAGUUGUAAAAACUUGAAAUAUAUAUCAAUUUUGUUUCAUUGUAAAUUUUGCUUAGAGUUGUCUAUUUCGUAAAUUAAACACUUGUAGUAUUGAAUGAGGUGUUCUAUUUAUUUUGGAUGUCGACAGUUAAUAAUAUUUAAAGUUUUAAACCGAA